UUGACGAGAGAGAGAGAGAGAGAAAGUAAACGGGAAAAGACAAAGUAAACAUUUCAAGGAGACAGCUGAAGGCCAUUUCUGAUUUCAAGUUCCUCGGAGCUUUCUAAAGAAACUGCUGCCUUUUAAAUUGAUUUUGGAUUUUCGCAAUUUUUUUUUCAUACUUUUUUCCAAUCUGUUUUCCCUCUUUUUGGUUUGAUGCUGCUGCGGAAGUUCAUCAAACACUGCGAAAAAGGAGAUUGAAUUCAGCAUGAUUUGGAUUCCUUGUUCUGGAAAUUCAAACAGGAAACUCAAGUCUAAGAAAUUGAAGAAGUUGGAAUCUCAGAAGACUCGAGUUGAUCCGAUCAACGGGAAACUAAAGACAAGUUCCUCUUUCAGUGAAACUUCCAAAGGUGGAGGAUCUGAUCCUAUCAAGGCACAGAUAUUUUCCUUCCGGGAGUUGGCAGCUGCUACCAGGAAUUUUAGGGCAGACUGUCUUUUGGGAGAAGGAGGUUUUGGUAGAGUUUACAAAGGAAAAUUGGAAAGCAUCAAUCAGGCCGUGGCAAUCAAACAACUUGAUCGCAAUGGAUUACAAGGGAACAGAGAGUUUCUUGUUGAAGUGUUGAUGUUAAGCCUACUUCAUCACCCAAAUCUAGUUAAUCUGAUUGGUUAUUGUGCCGAUGGAGAUCAAAGGCUUCUGAUAUAUGAAUAUAUGCCUCUAGGAUCUUUAGAUGACCAUUUACAUGACAUUUCACCUGGUACAAAAGUUCUAGAUUGGAAUACAAGAAUGAAAAUAGCUGCUGGGGCAGCACGAGGAUUGGAAUAUUUGCAUGACAAAGCUAGCCCGCCGGUUAUUUAUCGAGAUUUAAAAAGUUCCAACAUUCUGCUUGAUAAAGGUUAUCAUCCCAAACUGUCUGAUUUUGGAUUGGCCAAACUUGGGCCUGUUGGGGAUAAUACACAUGUAUCUACCAGAGUUAUGGGUACUUACGGAUAUUGCGCUCCCGAAUAUGCAAUGACCGGUCAGUUAACUCUCAAAUCAGAUGUUUAUAGCUUUGGCGUUGUCCUUCUAGAAAUCAUAACAGGCAGGAAAGCAAUUGAUGAUUCAAGAGCUGCAGGGGAGCAGAAUCUUGUUUCUUGGGCAAGACCAUUAUUUAAAGACCGUCUGAGAUUUGCUCGAAUGGCAGAUCCAAUGCUUAGAGGCCAAUACCCUUCAAGGGGUUUAUACCAGGCUCUUGCAAUUGCAGCAAUGUGUGUUCAAGAGCAGCCAAAUAUGCGACCUGUGAUUGCCGACGUCGUCACAGCUUUAUCUUAUCUUGCGUCUCAGAGAUAUGACCCUGGUACGAACAUACCCCACGACUCCCCUGGAUCUACCUGUACUCCUCCAAGAACCAACAGAGAUUCUGAUAGGAAGCUUAAUGGGGGUAGAAGAUACGACAGAAAUCCAACUAAACGACUAUAAUGAUGCUCAUCUUCGCUCUGUGACAAGCUUUCCAGCCAUACCCGUUGGAUAUACUACAACGAGGAGUACCGAAGGUGAUUCAAAAGCUCGAUUGAAUGCACUGGAUGGUGCCUGCUCGAUUAUUUACACAAACAUCAUCAAGUCAGGUGCAUUUCUAUGCUCCAUUUUGCAUUUGUUUAUAGAAUAUAGAUAGAGUAUAUAUAUUUUUACUUGGUUUUUGUAAGAAAAAUGUGGAUUGUUAUAUAUAUAAAUUCUUCCCUUCGAUAUUAAGUUAGGUAUAAUUACUUGAUAAAUGGACCGAAUUCACGAUGCGUGGUUUUUUUUUUUUUUUUUUUUUUUUUUUUUUUUCCUUCUUUAAUUGAAGAGUUAUUUUGUGUAUUGGUACGAGAGAUCUGUAAAAGUGAAGUGUUGAACUAAAACAAAAUUACGUAUUGGGCUGGUUUAUAUGGUUUGGUGCUUUA